UCGGAAGGGAGGGGACCCAUCAUGCAGCACGCAGGGAGCCAGGGAAACUGCUGCUGCUGGGGACAGAGGCUCUCCAUUGUCAGCAAGAACAGAGCAGCUGUCAGGGGCCAGGCUGGCUCCAUGGGGCGGUGGUGAGGGGCCCCGCCGCAGGACGGGUGUCAGGAGCUGUCACUGACUCUUCUGGGUGUUUGUGUGUGUGUGUGGGGGGGGAAGGGGGGUCCCCUUCUGCUGUGGCUCAGGUGCAAAGGGGGGGCUGCCUCUAGCCCCUGAGGAGGGGCCACACAAUGAGCUCCCAGGAGGAUCAGUUCCAACAAGCAACCCCUGCCCCGGCUGCCUCCUCGGCGGACGAUGGCAUGACCUGGUGGUACAAGUGGCUGUGCAGGAUCGCCGGUGUCAUCGGGGGCGUGUCUUGUGCACUUGCCGGCCUUUGGAACUGCGUGACCAUCAACCCCCUGAACAUAGCGGCUGGGGUGUGGAUGAUGUUAAAUGCCUUUAUCCUGUUUCUGUGUGAAGCUCCAUUCUGUUGCCAGUUUAUCGAAUUUGCAAACGCGGUGUCUGCGCGGGCGGAUAAACUGCGGCCCUGGCAAAAAGCUGCCUUCUACUGUGGGAUGGCCGUGUUUCCAGUCAUUCUCAGUCUGACGCUGACCACGUUACUGGGAAAUGCUAUUGCUUUUGCAACAGGAGUGCUGUACGGCUUGUCGGCGCUUGGCAAAAAAGGGGAUGCCAUUUCCUAUGCAAGAAUCCAGCAACAGCAGAAGCAAGCGGAUGAGGAGAAGCUAACGGGGACUCUGGAGGGGCAGGCGCUGUAGAAUUCCCUCCUGGGUAAACCUCCUUUGGAGCCACUUCCUGCCGACACUGAGACUUUAAAAACAUAGUGGAAAUCCAUUCUGACAUGAAUCUGAUCACUCUUCUAUCAAUUCCUUGGUGAACUUUCCAAACACUGCAGCAACUAGAAUUCCAAGGGGCAGGAGGCGACACCUUGCCUUCCAAAAUAACCUUGAAAGAGCCUCAGAUGAAGGCGUCUCAGUCUGUGAGUAUUGCACAUUGCAACUGGAAGACUUUGCAGGUUUCACUGGGAGGAAGCCUCCUGUGUGAUUAGCUGCCCUGCCCAGCCCAGGUUAUACCCAGCACCAAAGAUCUGAAAAUUCCUUUUUGCCACCAGGUGCGUGUGACUUAAAUCUCAGCUGACUCUUCAAGUGCUGCUCGACGAAGCCGAUAGUAUGUACCCAUUCCUCAGCAAGGUCCCUGGUUCACCAUGGGGGAUCGUGAUGCACAGUGGGGUUUUUGCUGGAGAACAUGUAGCGGGCCACGAUUUCACUUGGGGGCUAGUCUGGGAAUUGCCUGAGAAGAGAUGGAAGAUGUACCAAUCACGGAAGCUCAGGAGUCCUGCAAUAUGGAUACCUGGCUUCUGAAAGUGAAUUAGGAACACUGGGCAAGCUCUUACCCUCCCAACUGAGAUGCUUUCCCCCCUUUCCAGAGUGCACUAUGGGGCCAGUUCCUGGUCCCACUGAAGUGAUUGGGAGGCUGCCCAUUGGCUCCGACAGGGUUAAAGUCUGGCUUUUUGUGCAUUACAAGUCUUUAGUGGUGCUCUGUGGUACAGAUUUUUAAGGGUGUACUAUGCUAAUCUAGGGUUUAAUGAUAUACAACAAUGCAGAUGCCUGAAUGGAUUGUGUUAGGAACUAAUUGAUCCUUGGUGUUGCUUUAUUUUAGGAUUUUAGAUUAGGGGCAGUUAGGUCAGGAAUUACUGCCAUGUAGCAAAACACCUUUGAGAGCACAAAAGUAACUUAAGACAAUAACAAACCUGCCAGAGACCUGAUCGAAAGCCCACAGAAGUUAAUGGAGACACUCUCACGAUCUUGAAUGGAUUUUGGAUCAGGUCUUAAUGCAUGUAAAGCACAACCUCCACAUCCCUCUGAGUAUAGCUGCAGGCAGCAGCUGCAUUGUACAGAGGUCUUGAACCAGAUCAGCUCCUCAGUUUGUCUCCGUAGGGAUUUUUUUUCCCCCUGUUACCACUCACCCUUUCACUGGAGGAAAAGGGGAGUAAGAAUUUCUUUCCCUUAUCAGAAAUGAGGGUAACAUUCCUUGAGCUGAGCAGGAUUUUGCUAGUCCUGCCCAUUUAAACUGUGACUUACGUUAACUGGUAUGAAGGAAGGUCCCUUGCUCAGGUGCCGAGAUUCUGAUUUGGAAUCUUAAACCUCCUUAGGUGCUCUUGCUCCUACUGCCUCUCCACGCAGAGCCGGUACCUAUGGAUGUGGGACAUAUUCUUUUUUUCUGUCCCGCAACAAUAUGAGCAUUUAGGCUCAUGCCAAAAAGCAGGUGGCUUUCAGCCACCCAUAUUGUUGCUGUGCGGGCAGGUGGCACGCUUUUCCCUGCAACGUUGAGAUGCCUCAGAUCUGGGAAGCGUUCGACGCUCCAUCCUCCUGGUAAAGUUUGCUUAGGAUUCUUGAAGAUGAACCAACUCACUUUAUACUGUGGAAUUUGUGGCCUGCUCUCCUAAUGUUCUAACACACACGCACACGCACACCCCUGCCCUAUCAUCAUGUGUCGCUGAGAGGGUAGCCUGGCAGGCUCUAGUGCUUUUGCACAGUGAGGUGCAUUCAUUGCAUCCAGCAGUGUGGACGCUGACAGCCCACUCCAGCUCAUAUUGUUCUCCCCUAGUUAACUUUUCUAUCCCAAGUUGCUGCUACUUUAAAGAGGCUGUGCUUGUAAAUGGACCCUCUGACUAGUCCAGCUAGACGCUACAUACUGUUUACAGCUGUUGCCUCCAACAGCGUGCUUUGUGACCGUUUGAUUUCCUUUUAAACUGGGAAAGUAAAGGCCUCAUCCUGUCCUGGAGCCACCAGACAAAGCGCAGAGAAAAAGAACAUUACUUCUAACCUGGUGCCUUGGAACUCUAGCCCAGAUUCUGCACUCUGAGUAAUCCAGAUUAAUUCCACUGAGCUCAGCGGAUGACUCUGGAGUUACACUGGUUUAGCUGAGAGCAAAAUGUGGCUCUUAGCUCGCAGAAGAAAAAGGCAACAUAAUAGCUUUGGGGUUUUAACAGGCUAUAACUGUACACGGCACUUGAGAAGUCUUUACACAUCCUACAGAUGUAACCAAAUGAAUUCAAUUGUUUGUCACUUCCUGUUUUACCCUUUUGCUGUGCACUGUUAAACUGCUGCCGGGUGCUACCCCAGAGGUGGCUACAUUUUAGAGCAGGGCUUGAGGAUUCUCGGUGGUGCAGUUUUGGGAUCUUCCUGACAGGAAAAAAAAUAAAAGGCUCUUUCGUAAUUAACAUACAUCAUACCCACUUUCUACUUGGGCACACAGGCUCCGAUCCUGCUCCCAUUCAGCUCAGUGGUGAAACUCCCAUUGACAUCUGUGGUGCAGGAUCAAAUCCACAUUCACCACUUUUGUACUGGGUGGACUACACAAGGCACUUCUUCCAUACAACAGGCUACAUAAACGGUGCCCUAAUCGCAUGCUCCGUUUGAUUCUCUUCUGGAGGGUAUGGAUCAUUCUCAAAGUCCAGUUCCCUCUAUUCUCAACCCUGACCCCUACACUCUGUUCUGAUCAUAGGUUUACAUUGAAUUUAUUGUUUUGUUUUACUCUGUUGCUUUUUGUUCUGGUUGGGAACAGGAAGAAUAAUUUAUUUUGGGGUAUUUAAGUACUUCUGCUGGGACUGUUCUCAUGGGACAUAGAAGGAAACACUAUUUAACAGAGGACAGUGUUUCGCCAUAGUUCAAGGGCCUGUUUUGUUUAAUUUCAGGUCUCUCUCUGGGCAAAGAGCGGAGCCCUAGCUACUGUAAGAAAAUGCUCUGAACUACUAUUUCAGCCUUUAGAGUGAGGUGCUCUUUAUUACACACUCAGGAAAGGGAUUCACCAAUCAGAUGACCUGUCGCCUUCCAGCUGCAGUCAGCGUGUGACAUGAUCUUUUUACGUUGUGUUCACAGUAUGGCUGAACAAUCCAGUUCAGAUACCGUUGUGGCUAGCACAGACCCUAUAGUCACUGAGGUCAAUGGCAAAACUUCCACUGACCUCAGUGGGAUCAGGGUUGGGCCCUGGCUUGUGGGAAAAUCAGACUGCCGGUUUUAUUUUGCUGGAAGGCAUGAGUGUGUGUAUUGUAGGGUGAGCUGAUGGUACCUCCUAAGGUUAUCGGGGCCAAAGCCUCAGCGGGUGCAAAUUGGUGUCACUCCAUUAAAGUCAAAGGAGCUUUGCAGAUUUACACCAGCCGAGAAUCUAGCACAGGGUUUAUUGCACAGUCAGACAGACAGACUCACAGACACGCAUGCGUCCCUGCAGCUCAGUCUUCAGCAGCUAUUUUGUCGUCCCCUCUCCCUAGGCUCUUAGUGCCUCCAUCGCUUUACAUCACACUCUGUGACUUGUCAACCCAGAUGCUACUGAGUUUAAUAAAGGGUCCGAUCCCAUGUUUGAGCCACCAGCUCUGUGUUCGAGGCACGUUACUGUACAUGGAUCUUCCUGCACAUGGAGCAUUGACUUUCCGGGGUGUUUGUGUUACGAGGUAGCACGGCACCCUGGAUAACUUGUACCACUAAUGUCAGUGGGCCCUUCAUGGCAUGGAUACCAUACAGUGAUUCUGUGUUUAAAGGAUACCUCAGAAUAAAACUGGUGGUGGAACCUGUCAUGUGACAGCAGCCCUGUCCUUUGAGCAGUCUGGACAGUGUCCCUAUGCAAUAUCUUUACUAGAUUUUAAAAAAAAAAAGUGUAAUGUCCCACUGAGUAAAUGGGACACUUGCACCAUUGAUUUCAAUGGGGUUUGGUGAAGUUAGAGUCGCAUGCAAUAGAAGGAUAUCGCAGAGUAAAGCACACAGUUGCUGGCAUAAAUUAGUGGUGAUUGCUUUGUUCUGUGAGUAGUAGCCUUAAUAAAAGGAAAUUAAAAGCAACGCAGAUGCGAUAGAAUAACACUGAGUCUAAUCUACACCCACAGAAGUAAGCCAGUGAAGGGGCAAGGUCCUUCAUUCACCAUGCUGUGCCUAGACUCCUGUCAGUACGGGGUUUUCAGAAGGCCCCUGUUACAAAAACAUCCAAGCGCCUUUUGACCUCUGAAGUAUUUACUAAGAUUGGCCAGCUUGCAUGGUCUGAUCUUGCUUCCAUUGGUGUCAAUGGCAAAACUACCCCAGACCUCGGUAGGAAGUCUCAUGAGAUCAUCCUGAGCUCUGAGCCCCAGUGUCUGGGGUCAGGCCCCAAUUCAGCAAAGCACUUAGGCAUGUGCUUAGGUCCCACUGACUUCAAUGAGCCUUAAGAACAGGCUCCGAGUUAAGCACAUGAAUUGGAGCCAUAAGGAGGUUUCUGUAAGGAUGGAGUACAAGUCUUUGGCCAGAAUUUUCAAGUGUCCACUAAAUUUGGGUGUCUCGAGACACCUAGGACCUGAUUUCCAGAGGUGCUGAGAACCCACAGAUCUCACUGACUUCAGGACCAGCAUGGGGCACCCAAAAUUAGUGGAUCCUUCAGGAAACUUGGGCUUUAAAGCCCAAGCCCCUCUUCGUGCUGCAGAUGACCCUGUGAUGGUUGUUAUCAUGGUUGUAGACUUCAGCAGGCUGACAACCCUCCUUCCUGCUGAAUUCUGUGUUAGACAUGCCACAUAAAGGGCUUUUAGGAGCAGCAGCAGUAAACACAGUUGUAGUUAGCCUGGCUCUGAUCCUAGCAUGGAUAAGCAAUUACUUUUGGGGGUGUAGAUAAAACCCUGAAGAUAACAUUAUGAAUACAGUAGUGAGUAGAUCCAUUCCCAGUGCUGGGUGGUUAUUAAUAGUACUUGCUGAGCGCUGUCAGCGGGUUGGGAGUUGUACAAGCAUAGAUGAAGUUCCAGUACCUGCCCCAGGGAGUGCACAGUCUCAGUCCAACCCUGACACUAACCCUUCAGACACUGGUGAUGUGUAGGCUGAAGGCCCACACUUCAAGGGGUCUUUACAGACAAGGAACCUCUGUGUUCUGUGUGCGCUAGGUCAUGCUGGAAAGGCCUCUCGGGAGAGAACUGACCAGAGGGAAGGAGGUUGUAUAAUGUGCAAAUUACAGAGAGAUGGGAAUUCAUUGGCUACAAAGAGCUUGGCAUUGCAAAUGAACGAUACAUAGGUACUGGGUGCAAAUGUGCACACCACCACCAGACACAGUGCUGUCUGGGCAAUUCUCGUUCCCAAAGUGCAUUUGCACGGCAUAAGCAAAGUUACUAAUCUCUCAUCUAUUUUAUUCAUAAAAGGUGACACCACUGUAUUUGCAAGCUCCAUUUUCAUCUGGGACAAUUUUACACUGGGCAUUAAAGGGAAGAAUUGAAGCUUCAUUUAUACUGUGUACCCAGGCCUUGCUGCUCUAAAAGGUGGCGAGUGCUGGUUUUGUAAGACUAAUUACUUGAUUCUUUGUGUAUGCAGUGAAUAAAAGACCAUUCUACCUCCGGAAA